AUGUUAAGAAGGUUUAUACCUCGAUAUUAUAGUACAAUUGAAAUCAUGUCACAAAUAGAAUCCGCUAAAAAAUUGGCUGCUUAUAAAGCUGUUGAUGAAAAUUUUCCAAAAGAUGCAAAAGUUGUGGGUAUUGGUUCAGGUUCAACAGUUAUUUAUGUUGCCGAAAGAAUAGGUCAAUUACCAAAUAAAGACGAUUUUAAAUGUAUCCCAACUGGUUUUCAGUCAAGACAGCUAAUUAUAGAUAAUAAAUUACAUUUAGGCUCUAUCGAACAAUAUCCAGACUUAGAUAUUGCAUUUGAUGGUGCUGAUGAAGUUGCACCAAAUUUAGAUGUUAUUAAAGGUGGUGGUGCUUGUUUAUUUCAAGAGAAAUUAGUUGCUUCAAAUGCUAAAAAAUUUAUAAUUGUAGCUGAUUAUAGAAAGAAAUCACAAAUUUUGGGUAGUAAAUGGACUCAGGGUAUUCCAAUUGAAAUCGUACCAAAUUCAUAUACAACUAUAAUAAGAGAAUUAUUUAAAUUGGGUUGUAAAAAAGUUGAAUUAAGACAAGGUGGUAAAGCAAAAGCAGGCCCUGUUAUAACUGAUAAUAAUAACUUCCUAUUAGAUGCUGAUUUUGCAGAAAUUGAAAAUCCAAAAGAAUUACACGAAAAAAUUAAAAUGUUAGUAGGUGUUGUUGAUACUGGAUUAUUUAUACAAAUGGCUGAUAAAGCAUACUUUGGCGAAGAAGAUGGCGAUGUUAAAACAUGGGAAUCUAAAAAAUAA